CUGGCAGCCAUGACGCAUGCCCAGGCCAGGCUCAGCUCCCUGCUCCUGCAGGAACACUUCGGGGAGAUCGUCGCCCGCGUCGGAAUGUUUCUCAUCAGUACCGGCAGUCAGCCGCUGAGAGUCAUCGCCAAGGACACCGACACCCCCCUGGAUCAGGUGAAGAAAGCGCUCUGUGUCCUCAUCCAGCACAAUCUGGUGUGCUAUCAGCUGCACAAGCGAGGCUUUGUGGAGUACCGGGCCUGCUGUGAGCCGUGCCUGCGCAUGCUGCGCUAUCCUCGCUACAUCUACACGGCGAAGACUUUGUACGGUGACACCGGAGAGCUGAUUGUAGAGGAACUGCUUCUGAACGGCAAGAUGACCCUCACGGCCGCGGUGAAGAAAGUGGCCGACCGCCUGACCGAGACCAUGGAAGACGGGAAGAGUAUGGAAUACAGCGAGGUCUCGACCACCUUCAGCCAGCUGGCGGACACACACUUCGUACAGCGCUGUCCAGUUGUUCAGGACGAAGAAGGCGCCUCCGGCACAGAAGGGCGCCGCCCACCAGUCGUUCCAAACUUUGUGACCAAUGAGAAGGAAUUGUUCUGCGUCCCCCGAGUCCUCCUGAUCGGUCGGGGGAAGAGGCGGAGAUCCUCCGAUGAGGACGAAGGUGCCAGUCAGAGCAAGAGGCAAAAGAAAGAGCCGGAUGACAACCAGGAUGACGGGAUUUACUGGCAAAUUAACACCGAGCGCUUCCACCAACACUUCCGAGACCAGGCCAUCAUCAGCGCCGUCUCCAACAAGAUGGAUCAGACCAGCAGCGAGAUUGUGCGGACAAUGCUGCGAAUGAGCGAAGUUACCACCUCGUCCAAUGCGGCUUACACACAGCCCCUCUCCUCCAAUGAGAUCUUCAGAGCUUUCCCUCAAGGAUACAAUAUCUCCAAGCAGGUUCUGGACCAGUACCUGACACUGCUGGCAGAUGACCCGUUGGAGUUUGUCGGGAGAUCCGGGGACAGCGGAGGCGGGAUGUUUGUCGUCAAUCUCCACAAAGCUAUCGCAACGUUGGCUUCCUGCAACCUGGAAUCCAUUGUACAGGAACGGUUCGGCUCGCGCUGCGCCCGGAUAUUCCGUCUCCUGCUGCGGAAGAAGCACUUGGAGCACAAACAGGUGGAGGAUUUCGCCAUGAUCCCGGCCAAGGAAGCCAAGGACAUGCUGUACAAGAUGCUGUCGGUGAACCUGAUCAGCCUGCAGGAAAUCCCCAAAACACCAGACCACGCCCCUUCCAGAACAUUCUACCUUUACACGGUGAAUCCAUUACCCACCGCUCGCAUGUUGCUACAGAGAUGCUAUAAGACCGUCGCUAACCUGAUUGAGAGGAGACAGUAUGAGACCAAAGAAAGCAAGCGACUGCUGGAGAAGUCGCAGAGGGUCGAGGCGAUCAUCGCUUCCAUGCAGGCUACGGGGGCCGAGGAGACCCAACUCCAGGAGAUCGAAGAGAUGAUCACAGCACCGGAACGACAGCAGCUAGAGAGCCUCAAACGGAAUGUCAACAAGCUGGACGCCAGUGAAAUGCAGGUGGACGACACCAUCUUUAUUCUGGAGUCGUAUGUUAACAGCACAAAAGCCAGAGCCUGACCCGGGAGAGGAGAGUGCCCCUCAUCCGCCGUCUUCUGUGUAUUGU